AUGAAUCCAAACGAUGAUAAACGCGAUUAUAAGGCAAUCGUAUUAACAAAUGGUCUGAAAGUAUUGCUUAUUAGCGAUAGAAAGACCGAUAAGAGUGCGGCCGCUCUCACGACAGGCGUCGGCUCUAUGAGUGAUCCCCGCGAUGUCCAGGGAUUGGCUCACUUUGCAGAGCACAUGCUCUUCUUGGGCACCAAGAAAUACCCCGAUGACGACGAUUACCACAAGUAUAUCACUAGUAAUGGUGGCUAUUGUAACGCAUUCACUGCCGGCACUAAUACCACGUAUGUCUUUGAUAUAUCUACCGAUUAUCUGCCCGGAGCUCUCGAUAGAUUCUCUCAGUUCUUCGUUGAGCCACUUUUCACAGAGAGUGCGACCGAUCGGGAGAUAAAUGCCGUCCAAUCGGAGUACGAGAGGGGUCUGUCAUCUGACAUGUGGGCUACCAAUCACUUAGAGAAGACACUAUCGGAUCCCAAUCACGACUACAAUAAGUUUUCAAUUGGUAAUAUAGAAUCACUUAAAGCGAUUCCAGAGGAAAAGGGAAUUAAUGUUAGACAAGAGUUGCUAUCAUUUCACAAUCGCUGGUAUUCAGCAAAUAUCAUGUCUUUAGUUGUUUUGGGCAAAGAAAGCAUUAAUUCAUUGGAAGAAAUAGUGAUUCCGUUGUUUUCAGUGAUUGAACACAAGAGUGGAGUAACUCUUCCCAAAUGGCAGACAAACCCAUUGACCGCCGAUUGGCUGCGGAAACAGUGUUUUGUGGUUCCCGUUAUGGAUGUCCGCACACUUACCCUAACGUUUCCCAUAACAGAUAUGGCAGAACAUUACAGGUCAAAGCCAUACAUGUAUUUAGAGCACCUCAUCGAACACGAAGGUCGGGGCAGUUUGCUAUCGGAGCUGAAGGCCAUGAAUUGGUGCACCUGUUUGUCCGCCGAUGGUAUGAACCAUACGGACGAUAUCAUUGCGUUGAUAUUUCAGUAUAUCACCAUGCUCAAAAGUGAAGGAAUCAAACAUUGGAUUUGCGAUGAAAUCAAACAAAUGCUAGAAAUUGAUUUCCAGUCUAAAGAUAGAUUACAACCAAUGGAUUAUGUGCUAAGUUUGGUCAACACUUUAUUGUUAUACUCAUAUGAAGAGGUAUUGCGUGUGUCUUAUCUGAUGGAUGAGUACAGACCAGAACUAAUCUCACAAUUGCUCAAUGAAUUGAGUGCCGAUCGGAUGCGAGUGGCAGUUGUGGGCAAACAGUUUGAGUCAAUCGCCAAUCGAACGGAGCGAUGGUAUGGAACCAAAUACUCAUUUCAAGACAUUCCUCCCGAGAAGAUUCAGUUGUGGCUAAACAUAGGACUCAACGAUCGGUUAGCACUUCCGCCGCCCAAUGACUUCAUUCCCUAUAAUCUAAACGUCAAACCAAUUGAAGACAACAAUCAAACAGUGCCUCAAAUGAUUAGAAACACUGAGUUUUCUCGCAUUUGGUAUUUACAGGACAUUGAAUAUAGAAAACCUAAAUCUUAUUAUGCCUUCAAAUUGACAAAUCCAUUCGUAUCCGACAAUCCAUUCAAUGAAAACGCUUCGGAACUCUUCAGCCAAUUAUUUCGGGAUUUAGUCAAUGAGUACUUAUAUGCGGCAGAAAUGGCUGGACUUUGGUUGAGAAUAAGUCCAGUUCUGACUGGCAUUACGAUAUAUUUUGGCGGAUAUAACGAUAAACUAAAUACUUUAUUGACCACUAUUUUGGAUCAAUUGAUUGCAUUUAAAAUUGAUGCCAAAAGAUUUGAUGUGUUUAAAGAUAUAUACGUACGUGAUCUGAAAAAUCGCCAUGCUAAUCAAAUGGCACAAAUACUGACAGAUUAUAUGUAUGAUAUAACGGCUGUUCGCGUCUGGACUGAUGAAGAGCUGUUACAGACUGUCGAUGACUUGACUGUCAGUAAUGUCUCCCAAUUUAAGGAUCAAUUUGUGUCCCGUUUUCAUAUCGAGGCCUUUAUCUAUGGAAAUGUACUCAAGAGUGAAGCCAUCGAUGUUUGCGAUGCAUUUGAACACAAAUUCAAGUCUCAGCUCAAGACUAAACCCAUCGCUCGUUCGCAACACUUCUUGAAUCGUGAGAUCCAUUUGACCGAAGGAUCCGAUUAUGUGUUUGAGACCAAGACUUCAAUCCAUAAAACAAAUGGCAUUCAAACCUAUUAUCAAAUCGGUGUUAACGACACUAAAAUUAAAGUAAUAGCGGAACUUUUGCAGCAAAUAUUGGAUCAAUCAUUUUAUGAUACUUUCAGGACUAAACAACAGUUGGGUUAUGUCGUCAGCGCAUACAUUGGAUGGGCUAAUGGCAUGAGUUUUCUUAUUGAAUCGGAUUAUAAGCCGAGUUUUCUUAACGAGAGAAUCGAGGCUUACAUUCAAUGGAUUCACAAAUAUAUUGAAGACAUGAAUGAAACAGAUUUUGAAACUCAAAGACAGGCAUUGAUUACCGAAAAACUCGUGAAACCAAAGAAUUUAUGGGAAAAAUGCUGUACUCUUUGGGCUGAAGUCAUAUCCAAAGAGUAUAAUUUCAAUCGACAGGAGAUUGAAGUGAAUGCUAUUAAAGAGCUUUUAAAACAAGAUAUCAUUGAUUUCUUAAAGAAACAUCUGUCCCACGACUCUCCCAAUCGCCGCAAACUGACUGUCAGUAUAAUAACUGAUAAUCCAAUCAAUGAAAAGGAUAUGAAAGAUGUCAACACCGAUGAUAUGCCGACACCGACUGAAAUACCGAACUCGACAUUAAUUAAAAACAUACCGGGAUUUAAAAGUCAAUUCGGACACUAUUUCCGUCCCAAACCUUUCAUCGAUGUCUCUGCUUAUGAGUCCAUAACUAACGCUUAA